AGCGAACUUGUCAUUAUUCAGGAUAGAUGCAUAAGCCGGAGAUCAUAUACAAUUUUUGACAUGGAAAACCCAGUUGAAAUCUUGGAUGAAACGAAAGUAUUACAUCUAAAAGCAUUUAAAUUUCCGAGUGGUUCCACUGUGUUUCUAACGUGCACCGUGCGACUAUGCAAUGAAAAGGAUACAUCGGCUUGCGACCUAAAGACUGAUUGCGAUGGAGAGAUAACACAAGGAUUGAGAAAACGUUCUGUUUCUGACGAUGAGAUACUUUAUAUUAAGAAGUGGAUUGUGAAUGUGGAUGGAUCCAGUUCUAAUGGUAAGGGGUCUCAUAUCGUUG